AUGACAUUUUCCAAGUGCGUUUGCCUCAUCUGCCAGUCUACCAUAGCAAUACCAAAGAAGGGGAAUGUGGAGCGGCAUUUUCGGACUGUUCAUGGAAAAAACGAGACCGACUUCCCGCCGAAAAGCGAGCUGAGAAAGAGAAAAGUGAAGGAACUGAAAUCCCAGUUGUCCGGACAGCAGUCAUUUUUCAUGCAACAAACUUCAAAAGCGAAAGCUGCCACCGAAGCAUCGUUCCGGGUGAGUCACAUCAUUGUCAAUAACAAGAAGUCCUUUCAAGACGGAGAGAUGGUAAAAGAGGCAUUCGUUGAAGCAGCUGACUCAUUGUUCCGAGACUUUAAAAAUAAGGCAGAAAUAUUAUCUUCGAUCAAAGCUCUCCAGCUGUCAAGAAGUACAGUUACACGGCGCUGUGAAGCCAUGGCUGAGGAUUUAACCCAGCAACUUUGGAAGGACAUCGGAGAUUGCGAGUGUUUCUCACUGCAGUUGGACGAAUCUACGGACGUGAGUGACACAGCCCAGAUGUGCAUUUUCAUUCGUAUGGUGUUUAGUGAUAUCACUACAAAAGAAGAGCUAUUAACAGUACUGCCCAUGAAAGAACAGACGCGAGGAGAGGACAUAUUUCAGUCGUUUAAAAACUUUAUCGGGAAAACUCAGCUCCCAGUGUACAAAUUGAUGUCUAUCACCACAGAUGGAGCACCCGCAAUGGUUGGCCGCUUGAAUGGAUUUAUUGCAAAGUGCAGGCAGGACGAUGCUUUCCCGGACUUCCUAAAUUACCAUUGCAUAAUCCACCAACAAGCGUUAUGCGCUAAAAUGCUCAACAUGAAAGUGAUCAUGGAUGUUGCAACGAAGAUCGCCUGUUCUAUUUGCGCCAGAUCUCUUCAAAGAAGGCUAUUCCGUGCACAUCUGGAGAAUGCUGACUGCGACCACUCUGAGUUGUUGCUACACACUGACGUGAGAUGGCUUAGUCGAGGGAAAUUCCUGCAAAGAUUUCGAGAGCUCUUUCCGGAGAUUAAGGAGUUUUUCCGUGUAGCUGGACAUGCAGAAUACACGCAACUAAAUGACGGUCAGUGGCUGUUAGACUUGGCAUUUUUAACCGAUCUGACCAACAUGUUGAAUGACCUUAAUCUAGAGCUGCAAGGAAAAGACAAAACAGUGAUCAAUAUGAUCAGCUCGGUUAAUGCUUUCAAACGAAAGAUGCAACAUCUCUCCUCAAAGCUGCAGCUCCAUGAUUUGGCAAACUUCCAGAACCUGGCGUCAGAGCUGGAGAUGCAAGGGAAGGCCUGUGUGCAACUUGACACUGCACGCUACACAGAGCAGAUUGACAAUUGUCUGUCAGAGUUUGACAAACGCUUUCAAGACUUUUCUUUGCUCGAGCCAGUUGCUACAUUCAUGUGCUAUCCUUUUCGGGAAGAUGCUGAGGUUGAUUCACUCGCAUCAAAAAUUGCAACACUGUUUCACCUGAACUCUUCUGGAGUGGAAGAUGAGAUUUUGACACUACAAGCUGACAUUGAGCUGAAGUCCAGAGCUCAUGGACAGUUCUGGAACUUACUCACAGAGGUAAAGUACCCCAACAUGAGGAAAUGUGCUACCUCCUUGACAGCAUUAUUCGGCUCCGCCUUUUCCCACAUGAAGAUCAUCAAGUCCAAGUACCGUUCCACCAUGACUGAUGAACAUUUGGAAGUGUGUUUGAGGCUGGCUGUCAGCAGUUACCGUCCGGACUAUGCAUCCCUGGCUGAUUCAAUUCAGUGCUAG